AUGCUUGGAUUUGACCCAGCAAGACGAAAGAUGUUGCACCGAUCCCAAACAUAUAAUGAAGCUUUAUUGCAGCCUGAAAGGAAGCGCUUUGCUUUAAAUUUUGGCCUAAACCGUUCGGCGAAUCGAUCUCUCGACUCAAGCGACUCAGAUGACUCAAUUCUCGAGGAGAAAAGCUUUAUCUGGGAUUGGCCCUUCUCGGCAGAUCGCAUCGCACAAGGAAUGUACACCAAGGAGAAAUUUGUUGUGAUUUUGCCCUUUAACAAAGGUGGCACUGGAGAUAAGAAUGGAACGACCAAAAAGUUCGAUCGUAUCGCUGAGAGUAACUUCUCGUGGUCCCUUGGGCUUAGCCGAGAUGAUAAGUUGCAAUCAACAUGCUUCUGGCGGCUAGAAAUCGAGAUUCAAAGGGAUUUGAAUGCGUUGGUUUUGGUCGCCAGCCGAGACAUUAGCCGCUACGAUGAUAAGACGAAACGCUUGAAGCGCGUGAGGAAGGUUUACAGAUUGCCUGAAUAUUACGACGUUGCCACAACAACGACCACGAUGUUUGAUUGGGCGGUCGUAGUAGAAGCGAGGAAAAGACACAUCAAUCGCCCCACUCUUCGUCGUGGAACCACUCUUUGC